AGGUGCGGGUGCAAAGGCAGCUGCUACACUUGAUGCAGCAAGUAGACCCCCCGGGCUCGGUGGGUUCACCUUUUAAACGCCAGGCAGACGUCACAGAUAACCUGUCAUGAAGCUGGUCACUGUGCUGCUGCUGGUGACCAUUGGCAUAUGCAGUUACUCUGCUACUGCCUUCCUGGUCAACAAGGUGCCACUUCCUGUCAAGGAUGCCUUACCUUUACCUCUGGACAACGUUCUCACCCUGGAUCCAUUAAAACUGCUUCUGAAAACUCUGGGCAUUUCUGUUGAGCACCUUGUGGAAGGGCUAAGGAAGUGUGUGAAUGAGCUGGGCCCAGAGGCCGCAGAGGCCGUGAAGAAACUGCUGGAGGCCCUAUCAUAUUUGGUGUGACGGCAGGAUAGAGCGAGAGUGGAAGGAGGAUCUUGGUCUCCUCUUCCCUGGCUGGAACUCGGUCCAUCCUAAAAUGUAGUGACUCCUGGACAGAAUGAAUAAAGCAAUG